GUCAGCCUUAGCAUCACAUCAUGCAGCGCAUUCAACUGCUUCUAUUCGCUUGGCUGACACUUGCCGCUGCCCAGGAGAUCAGCACAGAGAAGCAGAGGCUAACGGUGCCCCAUGGCAGCCCUGGUCCACAGGACGGUCGCAUUGUGGGUGGCUGGGAGACAAAAAUCACACACUUUCCGCAUCAGGUCUCAGUACAGAUGGGCACCCGUCAUAUCUGCGGCGGCACCAUAUUGGCGCCCAGCAUUGUGCUCACCGCUGCUCAUUGCGUGCUGAAGUCAAAUGAGCCGCAACUCUAUGCCAUACGCGCUGGCUCUACCCUGUGGUCAACUGGUGGCAGCUACGUGCGUGUUCGUCGCAUCAUUCCCCACGAGCAAUUCAACUUACCCACGCACAUGAACAACGACAUUGCUGUGGUGCAGCUGCAACAACCGCUUAACUAUAGUCUCGACAUACAGCCUAUUCAGUUUGUCGCGCCGACGGACAAUUUGGCCGCACAGGCGCAGCUCUUUGUCAGCGGCUGGGGCUCAACAGCUGUCGAGCAAAUGUCGACUGCAUCGCGCCUGCAUUACACAGUCAUCGUCCAGCUGGAUCGCCAAAUUUGUACUCGGAACUAUUUUGGUGCCGGCACCGUAACCAGCACCAUGUUCUGUGCAGGCAGCAAGUCUGGACUUGGAGAUCGCGAUAGCUGCAUGGGCGAUUCUGGUGGUCCGUUGAUAGUUCGAAUUGCUGGUCGCUUCAAACUGCUCGGCAUUGUAUCCUGGGGCUUGGGCUGCGCAAAUGCCCAGUAUCCGGGCGUUUAUACGUUUGUCCCUGCUUAUGGCGACUGGUUGUUGCAGACAGUUAAGACACUGACCUAGUCUUAUUUUUAUAUGUUAAGUUUUUGCCUUAAUGUGCACAAUUUUGCAUAUGCAAUUAGGGAAAAUAGUUUUGUAAAAGCAAGUAUCUUCAAAGAAAUUUAAUUAUUUGCUUUUAAGUAUGUACAUAAAUAAAUAGCUUCUCUUAAUAAACAAAGUAACACGGAAUUAAAUUAUUUUCCGCUCGGUAAAUAAUAUAGACAGUAUGUAAAAACUAAAUAUUCUGAAACAAUAGUUUUAAAUCUUUAAGUAUAUUUUACUGCUUCUAAAUGCUUAAGCAGAGAUAAACUUGUUCCGUCUGUCUAAAACUUUAAGCAUCUACUUAAAUAUAUGAUAUAAAAUGUGACAAGUAUUUUCACUUUCCGACAGAUUAAAAUUAAAAUUCGUAUCGUUAGGCUUAUUAAUAGAAAUGCUUUCAUUUACAACUCGUUCAAGGAAUCCGUCGGCAAUAUACUUUUUACUUGUUUUAAGUGGUUUUGAUAAGCGUAUUUAUUCCUGUUUGUAAAGUUAAUAGCAAAAAUAAGCUCGUUUGAUUUUCGAUAUUUAUUGCAUAAUUCCUUUUUAUCUAAGUUACCAACUAUUUUAGGUAUUUAAAUUCUUAAAUAUAUUAUUAAAACUGUUUAGUUUCAUGUUUUGC